UCGGGGUACUUAACCGCGACAUCAUGCGGCAUAAGCAGUCUAAUGAUGCACGUGUGGGGAGGUUGGCCUUUGAGGAAGAGGAGAGAAGAUGGUAUAAGAACACACACUCGGCCCCAAAAUUGUCGCGCGAGUGUCACGACUGCAUGUUUGCAAUUAGGCCGCAACAAUGCACUUCAACAAUGUCUCCUACUUAGUGCCUCUCGUCCCCCUCGCAGCAGCGUUUAACUGUACACCCUCGGCUUUCCAGAGCAUACUUCCGUCCAACGCAAGUGUAGCCUACGCCUAUACCCUUGCGGCGGGCUCGACGUUCAAUGUUGGCUACGACAUUGCCUACCCUACCAGCCCACAGAAACUGCCAGCUCUAUGUGCAGUACAAAUUAACGUGACCUCAAGCCCAUCAUCUGCGUUUAGCUUUGGCCUCUUCCUUCCCGUCAAUUGGAACAACCGCUUUCUGGCGGUGGGCAAUGGCGGCUUUGCUGGUGGCAUUAACUGGCUUGACAUGGCUGCCGGCGUCCAAUACGGCUUUGCUGUCGUCUCCACCGACACUGGUCACAAUUCGACCUCAGGAGACCUAUCGUGGGCCUUGAACCAGCCGCAGAAGCAGAUCGAUUGGGGGUAUCGAGCCAUCCACGGCUCCGUUGUGUUGAGCAAGCAAGUUGUUCAAGCGUACUACAGUGCCACGCCGAAGUUCAACUAUUACUCGGGCUGCAGCACUGGCGGUCGACAGGGCAUCCGCGACAUCCAAUUGUAUCCGGAAGACUUCGACGGCGUCCUGGCUGGUGCUCCUGCGUGGUGGACGAGCCAUUUACAGACGUGGACGGUGAAGCUUGGCUUGUACAACUUACCUACCACUGCCGCUCAUCAUAUCCCUACAGCGCUAUUUAGUGCCAUUGGUGCAGAAGUGCUGCGGCAGUGUGACCCGCAAGACGGCCUUGUCGACACCAUCAUCAGCGACCCACGACGAUGUGACUUCUACCCAGAAGCCUUGCUAUGUACGGCGAAUGUUACCAACCAGACUGCAGCCGGCUGCUUGACAGCGGCUCAGAUAGGGACGCUGUAUCAGAUCUACAAUGACUACGUGGAGACGAACCAGACACUCGUUUUCCCGCAUCUGGAACUCGGAAGCGAAGCUCAGUGGCCAGUGUUGCUCGGUGGAUCGGCACCAAGCACUCUCGGCUACCAAUAUGUGCAAGAUCUCGUGCUGAACGACACAAACUGGUCCUUCUACGACUUCAACUACAGUAUCGUACAGCUGGCGGAUCAAAUCCAGCCUGGGAACGCCACUGCUUAUGACUUUGACCUAACGGCGUUUCACACACGUGGCGGCAAAUUGCUGCAGUACCACGGUCUUGCUGAUGCAUUGAUCGCGCCCGGGAGCAGCGUCUACUUCUACAAAGAGGUGCUCAAAACUCUUCUCCCGAAAGGCAUUACCUUAGACAGCUGGUAUAGGUUCUUCCUUGUCCCCGGGAUGCAGCAUUGCUCUGGGACUCCAGCAAAUAUCAAUGCGCCAUGGUACUUUGCCGGUGCCAAUCAGGCAGGCUCGAUCGGUACAAAUCCUGGUUCGGUCUACUCAGUUCCAGGCUUUACGGAUGCGAAACAUGACGCACUUCUUGCGCUCAUGGCCUGGGUUGAGAAUGGAAUGGCGCCAGAUAGCAUCAUUGCGACGAAGUGGAUCAAUGAUACAAUCACUAACACUGUUCUCAGACAGCGACCGCUAUGUCCGUACCCACAGCAAGCGGUGUAUCUGGGCCUCGGAGAUCCCAAUGAAGCGUCCAACUGGCAGUGCGGGCGAUUUGGGAUGUGAUUGAAAAGAGAAAGCAAAUCGAUCAUGGUAUUGCGACAGUGAUAAUGGACUAUCGAUGAUUUGCUGUCAGCAGAUGAGACCGAUUCUACUUCGCUGCCGUGGUUCCAUCAGGGUUGACAAGCUGUCCACUCUGUACCUGCUCUUUAAAUGUUCGCUUGAUAUCACCGUCAUCUGAAAGCUCUUCCAGAGUGUAGCUUUCCAGCAGUGCGAACCUGAACAAUUGCCGCAGAUCUGCGAAAU